AUGAGAUUCUUUGCUUGUGCGUUAGCAACCCUUCUAGGAAAAAAUGUCCUGACUAGGGGCUUUUGCGAUGAACCUCUUGAUUGCUAUUGCUAUCCAACUCUAGAUUUAUCGUUGUGUUCUCUAAAAGUCUUUCCUUUCAACAACAAAAGUCUUUCUCCGGAAAUAAAAAAAUUGCUUCUUAAGAAUAAUAAACUCACCCACAUUGCCCCCGAUGCUUUUAUUAAACUGACGUUGCUUUCUACCCUAGAUUUAAGUUAUAACAAACUUACAUCAAUAAAUCGUCAACUAUUAUUAGAAAAUAUAAAUCUUGAGAAAUUAUAUCUAAACGGCAAUCUAAUAAACUCACUUGAAGAUGGUACAUUUCAGAAUCUUAACAAACUUAAUUACUUAACACUAGACGGUAACCCGCUUCGAUCGGUGAAGAGCAACUGGUUUGAGGGUCUCUCUGGUCUUCGGAGUUUAUCUUUAAGAAAUAUCAAAAUUACUUCCGUGCCAACUCUUACCUUUCAAGAACUCUCGUCUUUGACUUUUUUAGAUCUUGAGUAUAAUAAAAUAACAGUGAUCGGGGUUAACGCUUUUUACAGCACUCUAGAAAGAAUAUUAAUAAAUUCUGAUCCUUCUUUUCUUUGUUGCUCACGCCUUCUGUAUCAGAGUAGACUUCGGUUUACUUCCCAACACUGCACUUAUCUUGGAGAUCUUCUCUUGUACAAUAACGUUACUAGAAAUUCUUGCACUUCUACGUAA